GAAUGAAAUUUUAAUGGGGAGCAGAGCACUUAAAAGACUGAGCAGGAAAAUGGGCUCAGUCAGAACUUUUACACCAGUGCAGAAAUCACUGGUGAACUCUCAUCAUGAUGUUCGUGUUGGUCGUCUGUAUUCUGCUGAGCUCAUUUGAAGCUCAGAGUCGUACUAUUGAGGAUAUUCUUGUGAAGAGUGCAGAGGACACUGAUACCAGCAUUGAGCGUGAUAUUAUUUCAGCGUCAGCCUUAAUGGAAAGGCCCAGCAACUUUGAAGGAGAGGAACUGGACGAGCCCUCCAUCAUGUUCGGAGACAUUGCUGUAGCCACGCCAUUAGAAAUCACAGCUCCAUGCACAGGUCAGAGCUGUAAAUGGCAGACAAGCAGCAAUGGAAAAGUCUUUGUGCCCUACAUCAUCUCUGAUGAAUACUCCACCCAGGAGAAGAAUGUCAUUUUUCAAGGCUUCAGAUCUUUGGAGAAGUCGACCUGUGUUCGCUUCAGACCUCGCACAACACAGAGGGACUACAUCAAUAUAGAGCCUAAUUCAGGGUGCUACUCUUUUGUGGGUCGUCGCACUGGAGGUCAGACUGUGUCUUUGGACCAUGAUGGAUGCAUCAAACUGAACAUAGUGCAGCAUGAGCUGCUUCACACACUGGGCUUUCAUCAUGAACACAACCGCAGUGACCGUGACAGUCACGUCCAGAUAGUUUAUAAAAACAUCAUUCCUGGUCAGGAGCGCAACUUUGACAAAAUCAAGACUAACAACCUGGAGACUGCGUAUGACUACAGCUCUGUGAUGCACUAUGGAAGGUUUGCCUUCUCCAAGAACAAAGAGGCAACCAUCGUCCCUAUUCCUAACAGUGGCAUGACUAUUGGCCGGGCUAAGAGAAUGAGUUCAAAUGAUAUUCUGCGUAUUAACAGGCUCUACUGCGGAAAUAAAUAACACUUUGAAAGCUUCGUCAACACAGAGGGAAAAUGCUAUCUUCUAUGAAUAACGCUGAUAAGAAUUAACACUUUCAUAUUCAUGAAGGUGAUUUAAAGGGAACUAAACUCUGUUGAAAGUGCAUUAGUUCAAAUCUCUGAUCUGUUUAUUUUAAGUAGUUUAAUUCAAGUUUUCUGAGAUUUGAUUGCUUCAUAAGAUGAAAUUUAACUUUUGAUUUAUUCACAUAUCACUGAACAAUGUUUACAGCCUCUUCAUUUUUUCACAGAAGCUCAAGUGUGAAAGCUUGAUAGGUAAGAAUCUGUGAAGUUUAUUCCAGAAAGUCAUGUUUGAUCCUACCA